AUGUGGUCGGUCCCGUGUCUGCUGCUGCUGGUGGCGCUGGCGCCCGUCGCGCUGACGUACGAGCGGGCGCCAGCAGCGGGGUACGGCGCCGCCGCGGCGGACGCCCGUCGGCGACCUGCCGACCCCCACCGGCGCCGCGAGCAGGCCCGAACGCGUCCGAACGCCGGCGCCGACGCGCCGAGACGCCGGCCGUCGGCGGAGGCCCCCCUGCUUGACGGGCGCUUCCCGUCGCCCGACGCCGACCGUCCCGGAGCCGCCGAACUCAGCGAGGAGCUGCGGGAGGACCGUACUGUAACACGCCAGGGGAAAUUUCUGUCUCUGCUGACUCUGGUCCGGUUCACCAACUUCGUGUGCAACGGAACGUCUGGCUCCAACGGCACGUGCUACACGGCCGCCCAGUGCUCCAGCCUCGGGGGAGUUGAUGAAGGCAGCUGCGCCGAAGGGUACGGCGUCUGCUGCGUCAUAAUGAAAUCUUGUGGUGAGACGACCAACGUCAACAACACCUAUUUCGUCAACACUAACUACCCGGCGUCGUACGAUGGAACGGGCUCGUGCCAGCUGCAGAUCACCAAGGCCAGCUCCAACAUCUGUCAGCUCAGAUUGGAUUUUGACAUAUUCACCAUAGCGCAACCAGAGACGAGCAACAAUUUGUGCCUCAAUGACCAGUUCGUGGUGGAUGCCGCUGCUCCAGUCCCUUCACUUUGUGGAACCAACACUGGAAAUCACAUGUACAUCGACGCAGGCGUGCAGGGCACCGAUUCACCCAUCACCCUGUCCAUCGUCACAUCGGGCACCUCGUUCGCCCGCACGUGGAAAAUCCGCGUCUCGCAGAUACACUGCAACGAGCUGUACACAGCCGAGCCCAGCUGUUUGCAGUACCACACGGGCGUAUCAGGAAAGAUACAGUCAUUCAACUUCGACUUUACCAAUGGCAACCAGCUCUCCAACCAGGACUACGCCAUCUGCGUGCGCAUGGAGCGUAACUUCUGCGGCAUCCAGUACCAGCCCUGUACCGACGCUGCCAAUGGGAACACUGCGUCCUUCUCGCUGGGGGGCAGCACGACAGCGGUGAACGCCGUCACCGGCAGCAGCUGCAGCACCGACUGGCUCAUCAUCCCCUGCGCCACUGACAACGUGAACACGCCGCUGACGACGAUGAGCGACGGCAACGUGUGCGUGGACCGGCUCUGCGGCGACGUGUUCAACACGGUGUCCGGCUCCACCACCUCGGCCGCCGCCUACAGCUUCACCAAGCCGUUCCGGCUGUACUACCACACGGACUCGCAGGAGGCGGACAGCUCGCCGGCUGAAUCUGACAACCGCGGCUUCUGCCUCGACUACGUGCAGCAGCCCUGCACUUCGUGAAGGGCCGGAGGGGCGCCUCGCCGACGCACUGCUUCAGCGGCUCCGCACUGACCGGCUGACCAGGGCGUCGGGACGACACACGGCGCGGGCGCGGUCUCCGCCGGGCGUCAGGACGCUCUGCAGAACAAUGUCAAACGAGCUGCCUGACUCACUUGUUUUGGGUAUUGUGUUUGCUUUCAAGCACGGGAAAAUGUGAAAGGCUACGUGUGUGUGAGCGGUGGGUGUUUGCACCCUGCAAGUUAUUUAAGAGGUUUUGUGAGAAAAGAAUGGAAACACUUUAAUCCGUGAUAUUUAAAACAGUCCAUGGAUUGUUGCCGUUGACACGUUCCCAUGGAGGAUUGCAGGUGAGCCAGAUUUUCCAUAACGUACAAAGAGAAAACCUGCGUGUACGAGCAUAAAUGGACUGUUUCUUUUGAAAUCGCAUGAAAGGGAUGGAUGCUCAUUGACAUGAUUUUCACGUAUUUAUUGAAUUUGGCUCCCACGAUGAUUGCAUUGCAUGCUGCUUUUAACAUCAUGGAGCGUUAUGAUUUAUAGGACGUGUGUUAGUGUAUCUUUUAGGAGAUUGCUGGUUCUUUUGCCUAACAAAAUACGAAAAAUGGAGA